AUGGCAGGCACAAUCACGAUGGAGGUCGACGAGCCCGAAGUGAAGAAGUGUACGCUUGUCUUUAAAAAGUCGGCCGGCUCGGAUGAAGAUAUUCAAGAAAUUUUUGUUCCGCCUAACUAUUCACCUGAUCGAGAUGAUAAAUUCUAUCGUGCCUCAAAGGAUGGAGAUUAUUUCCACGCCAUUGCGAAAGGGCAAAGAAUGUCGUCGUAUAUAGUGGCGGGGAAAUUCGAUCUGGCAGAA